UUCUUUAGUUAACCCCAUUGGCGGGACCAGUCGGUUUGUCAACUUGUACAAAUCUCUCUCUCACGCUCGCUGUUGCUACAAAAAAACCAAAUGCACACUCCAUCGUCUCUCUCGCGCUUGCCUUGGGAUCCCCGGUGCCGCUGCAGCCUCGCUUUGCUGCAUAGUGGAGUAGUAGUAGGAAUGUCUCGCCUUCUUGCAGCCAUUUCUGCUCAUCCAACCCAGCAUUUACUCGCCACCUAAAAGGGCGCCACUUCCAUAGUUCCAUCCAUCUUCUUCUCGCGACACCGACCCCCCCACCAUGGCUGCCUCCUCCUAUAUAGCUGGUGAUUGGUGAAGCGCUCUCUUGCUAGGCACACUGGAACCUCUGCUCUGCUCUGCUCUCUGCUUUGCUUGUUGCGCCAAGCAAUGGGGUCGAGCUGCAGCAAGCAUCUGGCUCUUUCUCUACUGCUGCUGCUGCUUGUCCAUGGCUGCUCGGGGCAACAAGGGGAGGCGGCGGCUCCAAUGGAGGAGAAGGAGAAGAGGGCUCUCUACGCCGCCAUCGAGGGCUUCGUCGGCAAGGGCUGGAAUGGCUCCGCUCUCUAUCCUGACCCCUGCGGAUGGUCUCCUAUUCAGGGAGUGUCAUGUGAUCUGUUCAAUGGGAUGUGGUACCCAACAGUGAUGAGCAUUGGACCAGUUCUUGACAACUCACUGCAGUGCUCCGCUGAUGCCAAGUUCAGCCCCCAGCUGUUCGAUCUCAAGCACCUCAAGACACUCUCCUUCUACAGCUGCUUCCCGGCGGCGAACCCGACUCCCAUUCCGGCCGCCAGCUGGGACAAGCUCGCCGGCAGCCUCGAGACGCUCGAGUUCCGCACCAAUCCGGGCCUCACCGCCGCGAUACCGGCCUCUCUCGGCCGCCUGUCGAGCCUGCAGUCGCUCGUGCUCGUCGAGAACAACCUCACCGGCGCCGUGCCUGCCGAGCUCGGCGCGCUGGUGCGGCUCCGCCGCCUCGUGCUGUCCGGGAACGGGCUGUCCGGGCAGAUCCCGGCGUCGCUCGGUGGCCUCAAGGGACUCCUCAAGAUGGACCUCAGCAACAACCUGCUCCAAGGGAGCUUGCCGCCGGAGCUCGCCGGACUCAGGAGCCUCACGCUGCUUGACCUCAGGAACAACAGCUUCACCGGCGGGCUGCCACCGUUCUUGCAAGGCAUGGCGACGCUGCAGGACCUGCUGCUGUCGAACAACCCGCUGGGAGGCAGCGUGCAGCAGCUGGCGUGGGAGAAGCUGCUCAGCCUCGCGACGCUGGACCUGUCCAAUCUCGGCCUCGUCGGAGCCAUACCGGAAUCCAUGGCGGCACUGACCAGGCUGCGGUUCUUGGCUCUCGACCACAACCGGCUCACCGGCAAUGUGCCGCCCAAGCUCGCCGAGCUGCCCAACAUCGGCGCGCUGUACCUGAACGGCAACAACCUGACGGGGACGCUGCAGUUCUCGUCGGCGUUCUACCAGAGGAUGGGGAGGAGGUUUGCGUCGUGGGACAACCCCGGCUUGUGCUACAACAAUGUUGCGGUGGACGCGGCGCACGCGCCGCCCGGGGUGACCGUGUGCAAGGACGUGCAGGCGGCCGGUGCCGGCGUGAGGGACAAGGUGGAUGGGAGGACGCCGGAGGUGAGCUCCAGCCUCAUGGCCACCUCCUUUGCCAUCUCUGCUUCCAACGUCAAUGGCUUCUGGUUCCUGGUGCUGGUUCAGGGCAUGGUGGCCACGUCACUCCUGUUCAUCUUCUUGUAGCCAAGACGGCAGCUUUCAGAAUCAUAGAUCGAAGAACAUGAACAAGCUUCAGAAUUCAGAUAGAUUGGAAGAAACAUGAGGAAACUUCAGAAUCUUCAGAUAGAUAUGCAAGAACAUUAAGAAACUGAUUCUAGUUUAGCUCAGUCAGCUAUUGUUUUGCCUCUUUUUGUUUUUUUUUUUGGUGUUUCUUCUGUUUAUCUGAUGAUACUAGAAAGGAUGCAGGAAUCGUGUUGGCCACCCAUAUCACACUAGACCGAAAUUGUGUAGUGACAGGUACUAGCUUGUUCUUUUUUUUUUUGUGUGUGUGUAAUUAGCAUGUUUCUCCUGUGAUGUUAAUUGCAGGAGGUGGAUAUAUGAUAAACUGUCCUUGCCGGAAAACAUUUUGCCAUGCUUUGUUAAGAGCAUUCCA